CAUUGUAAGUGGUAACACUAUCACACCAUAACCUUCGCGAAGGGAAAAUAAUUUUAGUUUUACUAAAAAAAAUCCUGUUUGGAUUUUAAAUUCCUAAAACACUAGAAAAAUGUCGGAUCUUCCAUUUGGCCCCCCUGUAAAAGUAUCCCCAUUGAUCAGGUUUGGUCGUUGGUCAUUCCUUACCGCUGGUAUUCUUUAUGGAGCCUUCCACCAAAGCAGGCUGUCAAAGAAGGAAACCAAGCUUCGUGAAAUUGAAGCUAAGGAGAAGGUUAUCAGGGACGCAAAGAUGAAGGAGGAGAAGGCCAGAGCAGCAGCUGCCGAAAUGAAGGCCUUGGAAGAAAUGAUCGCAAAGAAGUGAAUACAAGUCAACAUCUAGUUUAUAAGGCGAUAGUGGAUACCAUCUGUGUUGCCAUAUUAAAAUACACCUUGUUACAUAGUAAUACUAGAUAAAUCUGUGCUCUAUGGUAACACUGAUUAUUUUAUAAUGGCAAUAAUUCCAUCAUGUUUAUAAUAAAUGUAUUUAUGAAUUAUAGGUGAUUAAAAGUA